GAUUGCACAAAAAACUCUCUUUCCCAGCAGCCUUCGGGAGUGUUGUUACGAUGUUAGAAAGCCCAGUGCAUUUGGUGUGCAGGCAAGGCGCUAGCUAAAGGACGUUUAGUGGGAUAAAGGUAGCUUAUUUGAUCGUGAACGAUUGAAAGUCUUGCUACGUCAACUUAUCCCAGUGCUGAACAUGCCGGAGGUCGAUUGGGCUGGAUACGGGUAUGCAGCCCUAGUUGCAUCCGGAGGAGUAAUGGGAUAUGUUAAAGCAGGCAGCGUCCCCUCCCUGGCUGCCGGGCUCCUUUUCGGAGGGCUAGCAGGCGUUGGUGCUUAUCAGAUAUCUGAAGACCCAAAGAACAUUUGGGUGUCUUUAGCCACCUCUGGGAGCUUGGCUGCCGUAAUGGGGAAGAGGUUUUACAGCUCCAGGAAGUUCAUGCCCCCCGGUCUGGUGUGUAUUGCAAGUGUCCUGAUGGUUGCCAAGCUAGGUUAUGGGAUGCUGGAGAAGCCCCAGCAGUCAUGAUGCACUAAAUGUCACCCUGUCACCCCCAACCUCAACCCAAGGAUGGCUUUCUUGUAUGUAAUAAAAAAUACACGUAUGUGAUAUAUACACUGAUGUAUUCCUACAGAUUUUUUUGUAUAAAGGUAUAAAUAAUAAUAAUAAUAAAAAGAUGUUUGUAAAAUAAGGAA